GUGAAUUCCAGCGAUGUAAGGUUACAUGAGGGAGCUGGAGCGGUACCUGUGUGAGUGUUUGGAGGUAGAGAGUCCACCAUAAUCUUAAACAUCAUGACCUCCGAGAGCAUCAACAUCGAGCCUGAACGUGCUGAGGGUCAACAGCAGCGGCAAGUUGUUUCGAAGAGCAGCGGUAUUAUUUCAUCCGUCUUCUGUCGAGUUUCACAGUUUUGGCCAGUCAGCAUUGUGGUACGUGGUGUCCGUGGCUUGUGGUGGCUGUUUGGGUUCUCCUCUCGCAGAAAAGUCCUGAUUUCUGAUGCAGAGGCAGGAAAUUCUCCAGCCGCCCGGCAGUGCAGGACAGGCCGGAAACGGCUCAGGUGGGCUUCACGCUUGCUGCUGGCGAUCCUGCCCCGCCGGGUCCAAGGAAUACUGGGCUAUCCUGUCUGCACCAGCAUUGGCUGCACUGUGUCUCCAGAGGUUCGCUGCUCCCCCACUAAACCAUGUGGGAAAGGCAAUAAGAGAAAGCAGGAUGACAUGGAUGAGGAUGAUGAGCCAGAGCAGCAGUCUUGGGUGGAGGCCCUCAACCAGGAGAUGACUGAUGAGGAUCCUGCUGGCGAUCCAAACUAUGAACCCACCACUGUUGAUACAGACAGUGAGGAGUACAGAUCACACAACGACACGGAAAGUGAUAUUGAAGUGGAGAAGGGGGUUGUUGUGAUCAAAGAUUUGGAAAUGGGAGUUUCUCCUGAGGCGUAGUGAUGGCAGGAUGGCAUGUCUGGUGUUGCUGGAGACCUGACUUGCCGGAUUCUUUUUGUAUAUGUAAUUUUCAAUGUAUUGUUGCUGUUCUCAAAUAAAACUUUAUUAUAAA